AUGCAAGCACAUAACCUGCUGUCGAGGAACACUAACGAUAUCAGAAGAAAUAACAAUCAAGCACAGCUCAAUGCUGGCACCAGUUCGGUUGGUCGUCCUUCGUUAAUUAUUUCAAGGGAGCAAGUCGGGUAUUUGAUGGAUUGCAAUUUCACAGUCAAAGAGAUGAGUGACAUACUCGGCGUAUCCAAAAAAACAGUUGAAAGAAGAAUGAGUCAAUAUGAGCUAACAAACAUGAAUAGGUUCACUGCAAUAAAUGAUGAGCGAUUGGAUGCCAUAGUGAGUGAAAUCAAAAGCUCGUCACCUGAUUGUGGUUCCAAAUUAUUAUCUGGAUAUCUUCGAGCAAGAAAUAUCCAUGUUCAAAGAAGGCGUGUUAGGGAAUCCCUAACUAGGGUUGAUCCAUUGGGUAUUCAAGCUCGGCGUUGUAGAACAGUUCAACGAAGGGUCUAUAAUGUUUCACCUCCCCUUGCUUUAUGGCACUUUGACGGAAAUCAUAAACUAAUACGCUGGCGCUUGGUUGUGCACGGAUGUGUUGACGGGUAUAUACCCGCAAUCCUGUGCACAGGCGGCCCAAUCUCUGAACGUCCUAUAUAUUUUGAAUAUUUAACCGUUAUUAUAUUUUAAAAUAACAAAAUAAUUCAAAAAAUAUUAACAAUAUAUGUAAAAUAUAUAUCUCACUUGUUAAUAGAAUCCAUUUGUUGUGUUUCUGAGUCUAGUUGAUGCGCGGAUUGCUUUACGUUUUCGUCGUACUUGAACGGUCAUCAGUACUAUGGCACUGGACGACAUGGCCGUAUAGGACAUAAAUAACUACAAGGCUAGCCACUUAUCUGAUACACUCUCCGACAUCGAGUCCAAUAUCUCGCCUCAGAAUCGUCGCAGAGCAAUAAAUUUCACAUCGUCUAAUAGCACGAACGUUCCUCUUUCGAAAGAACUUGGUUUCUUCACCAUUGCGGCAAUUCCCGUGACACAGGACGAACUUUGUUUGUCAAAAGUCCAAAUUUCCAUUUUCGACAGAGGCGCUAACCCCAUGGUAGUAGCCACGAGAGCUGCUCAGCAACCUGGCCUCCUCAUUUGAAAACAUUCUAUCAGGGGGGGGGGAGGAGCUGGACUGGAAUGAGGGGGCUUUCAAAGCAACACAAUAAAACACACGACAUAAAUGUUUAAUACUUGUUUAUUGUCGAAUACAUCAUGAUAAAGUAAUAAUUUCUGUUUAUAUCGUGUGUUUUAUCGUGUUGCUUUGAAAGCCCCCUCAUUCCAGUCCAGCUCCUCCCCCCCCCCCUGAUGGAAUGUUUUCAAACGAGGAGGCCAGGUUGCUGAAGCAGCUCUCGUGGCGACGAUCAUGGGGUUAGCGCGUCUGUCGAAAAUGAAAAUUUGGACUUUUGACAAACAAAGUUCGUCGUGUGUCGCGGGAAUUACCGCAAUGGUGAAGAAACCAAGUUCUUUCGAAAGAGGAACGUUCGUACUAUUAGACGAUGUGAAAUUUAUUGCUCUGCGACGAUUCUGAGGCGAGAUAUUGGACUCGAUGUCGGAGAGUAUAUCAGAUAAGUGGCUAGCCUUGUAGUUAUUUAUGUCCUAGUAUGGCCAUGUCGUUCAGUGCCUGUACUGACGACCGUUCAAGUACGACGAAAACGUAAAGCAAUCGCAUCACUAAACUCAGAAACACAACAAAUGGAUUCUAUUAACAAGUGAGAUAUAUUUUUCACAUAUAUUGUUAAUAUUUUUUUAAUUAUUUUGUUAUCUUAAAAUAUUAUAACGGUUACAUAUUCAAAAUAUAUAGGACGUUCAGAGAUUGGGCCGCCUGUGACCUAUGUACUUAAAGUGCAGCAACAACAAUAAGGCGAACACUGUUCUAACACUUUUUGUAAAGACUGUAGAUGAUUGGGGCCUCCCAUCAAGAGUGCGAUGUGACAAGGGAGGAGAGAAUGUCGAUGUUACUCGUUAUAUGAUUAAUCGUCCGAUGCGAGGGCCUGAUCGUGGGUUUGCAAUAACUGGCAAAAGUGUACACAAUCAGCGGAUAGAGCGGCUGUGGCGUGAUGUCUUUCAGGGAGUGUUGAAACCGUUUUACAUUCUUUUCUAUUUAAUGGAAGAUUAUGGCAUACUAGAUCCUUGCGUCCAAACUGACCUAUGGUGUCUUCAUUAUGUAUUUUUGAAGGAAAUAAAUGAUUGUUUAUCUCGUUGGGUUGAAGGAUGGAUACGACAUCCACUAAGAACUGAGCACAAUCGAAGCCCUUUGCAGCUUUGGAUCACUGGCAUGCGUUGGAGUAGUAUAAAUGUCCCUCAACCAGACAGCAAUAACUGGGACCUUUUUGGUAUUGAUUGGACUGGUCCUAUACCCAUGGGGGAUGAAGCCAUUGCAACUACACUCGAAGUCCCGGAAACAGUAUUUCCAGUGGCCGAUGAAGUGAGAAUUGAGUUGAAUGAAACUUUAUCCGAGAUAAGCAGCCAUCACGGAGAUGACAUUAUGGAACAAUAUUACGUUGUACGAAAUUGCGUUAGAGCAAUAAUUUCAGAACAACGUGGACAAACAACAUAG